AGACAGUCAAGCAGAUGUGAAACAAAUUAAUUAUUGAGCGAGAAGUACAGCUUGUAAUUUUGGAAAUUGAACGGUUUGAAAUUGUCCAAAAACCUAUUACAAUAUGGAGAAAACCAAUAUUUUCUCUGAGAAAUUCCAAUCUCUCUUUGAAACAAACUAUCACAGUGUUUUAUUUGAGAGUUAUGAUAGAGAAGAAACUUCGGAUAUCAUUGAGAGCUGGUCAUCAAGUAAUGAGAAGAAUAUGUCUUGCUCAUACUGCCGCAUACAAUUUUCUGAUCCGCAAGUACAAAGAGAUCACUAUAAGUUAGAUUGGCAUCGAUACAAUCUGAAACAGUCUUUACUUUCUAAGCCGCCCAUUAGUGAAGAGGAAUUCUAUGAAAAAAACGGGAAUGAUGAUUUAUCAAGUAUAUCUGGAUCAGAUUCUGAGAGAGAAGACACGUUUGUUGCAGCAAAAGACAAAUAUUUUCUGCAAGAUGAGAACAACAAGGUUUAUUCCAUCUAUAAAUGUAUUUUGCUUGAUAAAAAAGAAGAAGUACCGGAAGAACGCGUGAUAAGAGACCGCUUGAGGUGCUGUCACUUAAACACAAAAUGGACGAUCGUGAUGGUCGCGGGCGGCCAUUUCUCGGCGGCCAUCUUCCAGGACAACGAGAUCCUGCGCCACAAAUCCUUCCACUAUUACACGGUGCGUGCAGGCCAGGGUGGCUCCCAAUCGACGCGAGACGGCAAGCAAGGGGGGUCGCAGCCCAAAAGCGCGGGGGCGUCUCUGAGAAGGCAUAAUGAACAGUCCUUAGCUCAAAACAUCAAGGACACUUUAUUACUGUGGAAAGUUGAAAUCGAAGCUAGUUCCAGAAUAUUUUAUAGAGCCACUGGUUCAAACAGGGCGUAUCUGUUCGGGUCUAGCCCUCUAUUAGACCGUUUAAAUAAUUGUCUGAGGACUAUACCUUUUUCCACUAGAAGGCCUACUUUCACCGAGGUCAAAAGGGUUUAUUCCUUGCUUUCAACAAGUGAGGUGUAUGUUUCUAUGGAAAAAUGUUUAGAGACUUUUGCGAUACAAAAACCUUCCGAAGUCGACACUAAAAGAAACAAAAACCGUUCCUCUAGUAUAAACAGGGCGAAAUCCAGGGAAGUCAUAGACAGACCACUUCCCGUCAUACUAUCGAGUGCUAGCAGCUCAGAAUUAGAACUGGACAAACGUCUUGAAGAUCUAGAAUUGUCUACUAACGAUUUAGAAAUAUCUUUCAAUGACUUGAAAGAGUUUGAAGAUAGCUUGACGAGCGAGCAGCGAAAAAAACAACCAAAAAAGAAGAAACCAAAGAAGAGCAAAGCAAAAAAACUCAGAGAGCAAGAGGAUGCUAAGAGAAAAGAGAUAAUUGAUAUAUUGAGCCAGGGUGACCUUGAAAAGUUGAAGAAACUGGUGGAAGAAAACUCCGCAAUUUCUGAAGACCACGACAAAAACACCGUGGAAGAAUUUGUAAAUAAAAUCGUUGAUGAAAAUCAAAACACGUUGCUCCACAUAGCCGCUCUGAAUGAGCAAGAUGAGUUGGUGAAAUUUUUGUUAGGGAAAAACGCCAAUCCAUGUAUGAAAAACAAAACUCAACAUACUGCCUACACUUGCAGUCAAAGCAAACAAAUCAGAGAAACACUGAAAACAUUUGCUAAAGAAAAUCCAGACAAAUUCAAUUACAAUAAGGCUCAAAUCCCAGUGAAUUCUUUGACAAAUGAAGAAUUGGCAGACAAGAAAAAAUUGCUUAGAAAAAUCAAGAGGGAAAAGGAGAAGGAAAAGAAAAUUGUGAAUGAUAUAAAGAAAAAGGAAGAAAUUGAGAAAGACAGAUUCUUGCAAUUGAGUGAUAGAGAAAAGAUGGCAUUGGCUGCUGAGAGAAGAAUUCUGAAUUCCAAAGGCACUGUAACUACUAGGUGUUUUACAUGUGCUCUUGAUAUAGCUGGUAAAGUGCCAUUUGAAUACUCAUCUAAUUUAUUCUGCUCUGUAGAAUGCUUAAAAGCACAUAGAAUGCUGCAUUCGACGAUUAGGUGAUUUAUUUUUUAUAAAUUCAAGAUUUCU